UGAGACUGCUGGGCUUCCAGAUCCCUGCGCCGAGGCCGUGUGACAGCGAGGAGAGGGCACGAUGGGCAGGCGUGGGUGUUCCAGAAAACUGUUGGGUCCCUCAGCUUCGGAGGUGGGUGUGUGUGUGUGGGGGGGGGUCCCCCUUUCUAGCUUCCUCUGUGAGAGCCUGACCUAAGCCCCAUCCGCCACCCCUGGGCUGCAUGUCGCAGGGGGACACCUCAGCUCCUCCCCGGGCGGGCCGGGAAGCGUCGGUCCCCGCCCCGCUCCGUUAGGCCCGCGCUGCCGGGGGACUUUGCAGCCGAGAAGGAAGCGCGGCGGGGCGGGGAGGUGGGGGUGUGUCGGAAGGCGGCGGCGGCCGCCGGGUUUUAUAAUCCGCAGGGCGGACGCGGCGCGGGAGAAGGGGCAGCACCGCGCGCCGCGCACCGCGCCAUGGGGGCCGCGUCGGGCCGCCGGGGGCCGGAGCCACCGCCGCCACCGCUGCCGCCGCUGCUGCUGCUGCUGCCGCUGCUGCUGCCGCCGCCGCCGCCCACCCUGGCACUCGACCCCGCGCUGCAGCCCGGAAACUUUACCGCGGACGAGGCCGGGGCGCAGCUCUUCGCGCAGAGCUUCAACUCGAGCGCCGAGCAGGUGCUGUUCCAGAGCUCGGCCGCCAGCUGGGCGUACGUCACCAACAUCACCCAGGAGAACGCGCGGCGCCAGGAGGACGCAGCCUUGCUCAACCAGGAGUUUGCCGAGGUCUGGGGCCAGAAGUGCAAGGAGCUGUACGACCCAAUCUGGCAGAACUUCACCGACCCGAUAUUGCGGAGGGUCAUCAGUGGUGUGCGCAUCCUGGGCCCUGCCAACCUGCCCCUGAAGAAGCGGCAGCAGUACAACUCUCUGCUAAGCAACAUGAACAGGAUCUACUCCACUGCCAAGGUCUGCUACCCCAACAAGACUGCCACCUGCUGGUCCCUGGACCCAGAGCUCACCAACAUCCUGGCUGUCUCUCGAAGCUAUGCCUUGCUGCUCUAUGCCUGGGAAGGCUGGCACAACACUGUGGGCAUCCCGCUGAAACCCCUGUACCAGGACUUCACUGCCCUCAGCAAUGAGGCCUACAAGCUGGAUGGCUUCUCAGACACAGGGGCCUACUGGCGUUCCUGGUAUGAGUCGCCCACCUUCAUGGAGGAUCUGGAGCACCUCUACCAUCAAUUAGAGCCCCUCUACCUCAACCUGCAUGCCUACGUCCGCCGCGCACUGCACCGCCGGUACGGGGACAGAUACAUCAACCUCAGGGGACCCAUCCCUGCUCACUUGCUGGGGGACAUGUGGGCUCAGAGCUGGGACAACAUCUACGACAUGGUGGUGCCUUUCCCUGACAAGCCCAAUCUCGACGUUACCAGUGCUAUGGUGCAGAAGGGCUGGAAUGCUACGCACAUGUUCUGGGUGGCCGAGGAAUUCUUCACUUCCCUGGGGCUCUUGCCCAUGCCUCCUGAGUUUUGGGCAGAAUCUAUGCUGGAGAAACCAAGCGACGGGCGUGAAGUGGUUUGCCACGCUUCUGCCUGGGACUUCUACAACAGAAAAGACUUCAGGAUCAAGCAGUGCACACGGGUCACUCUAGAGCAGCUGUCCACGGUGCACCACGAGAUGGGCCACGUGCAGUACUACUUGCAGUACAAGGACCAGCCCGUCUCCCUGCGCCAAGGCGCCAAUCCUGGCUUCCACGAGGCCAUCGGAGAUGUGCUAGCACUGUCUGUCUCCACCCCUACACAUCUGUACAAAAUUGGCUUGCUGGACCGUGUCACCAAUGACACGGAAAGCGACAUCAAUUACUUGUUAAAGAUGGCACUGGAAAAAAUUGCCUUCCUGCCGUUUGGCUACUUGGUGGACCAAUGGCGUUGGGGGGUCUUUAGUGGGCGUACCCCCCCUUCCCGCUACAACUUUGACUGGUGGUAUCUUCGAACCAAAUAUCAGGGGAUCUGUCCUCCAGUUCUCCGAAACGAAACCCACUUUGAUGCUGGAGCAAAGUUUCAUGUCCCAAAUGUGACACCGUACAUCAGGUACUUUGUGAGUUUUAUCCUGCAGUUCCAGUUCCAUCAAGCCCUGUGCAAGGAGGCAGGCCACCAGGGCCCACUGCACCAGUGUGACAUCUACCAGUCCACCCAGGCGGGGGCCAAGCUCCGGGAGUUGCUGCAGGCAGGCUCCUCACGGCCCUGGCAAGAGGUGCUGAAGGAUAUGAUUGGCUCAGAUGCCCUGGACGCUCAGCCACUGCUCAACUACUUCCGGCCGGUCAGCCAGUGGCUACAGGAGCAGAACCAGCAGAAUGACGAGGUCCUAGGCUGGCCAGAGUAUCAGUGGUACCCACCGAUGCCCAACAAUUACCCAGAGAGCAUUGAGCUGGUGAGUGAUGAGGCUGAGGCCAGCAAGUUUGUGGAGGAAUAUGACCGGAGAUCCCAAGUGGUGUGGAACGAAUAUGCCGAGGCCAACUGGAACUACAAUGUUAACAUCACCACAGAGGCCAGCAAGAUCCUGCUGCAGCAGAACAUACAGAUGGCAAACCACACUGUCAAGUAUGGCACCUGGGCCAGGCAGUUUGAUGUGACCAACUUCCAGAAUACCACCAUGAAGCGGAUGAUAAAGAAGAUUCAGGACCUAGAGCGGGCAGCACUGCCUGUCAAGGAGCUGCAGGAGUACAACAAGAUCCUGCUGGACAUGGAAACUACUUACAGCGUGGCCUCUGUGUGCCUCGCCAAUGGCACUUGUCUACAGCUAGAGCCUGAUCUGACGAAUCUGAUGGCCACAUCCCGGAAAUAUGAAGAACUGUUGUGGGCAUGGCAGGGCUGGCGAGACAAUGUGGGGAGGUCCAUCCUCCCUUUUUUUCCAAAAUACGUGGAGCUCUUCAACAAGGCUGCCCGGCUCAAUGGCUACGUAGACGCAGGGGACUCGUGGAGAUCUAUGUACGAGAUGCCGUCCCUGGAGCAAGACCUGGAGCAGCUCUACCAGGAGCUGCAGCCGCUCUACCUGAACCUGCACGCCUACGUGCGCCGGGCCCUGCACCGCCACUACGGGCCACAACACGUCAACCUGGAGGGCCCCAUUCCAGCUCAUCUCCUGGGGAACAUGUGGGCGCAGACCUGGUCCAACAUCUAUGACUUGGUGGUGCCUUUCCCUUCAGCCCCCAAGAUGGAUGCCACAGAAGCCAUGAUAAAGCAGGGCUGGACACCCAGAAGGAUGUUUGAGGAAGCGGACAAUUUCUUCACCUCCCUGGGACUGCUGCCUGUGCCCCCUGAGUUCUGGAACAAGUCCAUGCUAGAGAAGCCAACUGAUGGGCGGGAGGUGGUAUGCCAUGCCUCUGCCUGGGACUUCUACAAUGGCAAAGACUUCAGGAUCAAGCAGUGCACUGCUGUGAACAUGGAGGACCUGGUGGUGGCUCACCACGAAAUAGGCCACAUACAGUAUUUCAUGCAGUACAAGGACUUGCCUGUGACCUUCCGGGAGGGUGCCAACCCUGGCUUUCAUGAGGCCAUUGGGGACGUGCUGGCGCUCUCAGUGUCUACCCCCAAGCACCUAUACAACAUCAACCUGCUGAGUAGCGAGGGUGGUGGCUACGAGCAAGAUAUCAACUUUCUGAUGAAGAUGGCACUCGACAAGAUUGCCUUUAUCCCGUUCAGCUACCUUGUUGACCAGUGGCGCUGGAGGGUGUUUGACAAAAGCAUUACUAAGGAGAAUUACAACCAGGAAUGGUGGAGCCUCAGGCUGAAGUACCAGGGCCUCUGCCCUCCAGUAGCCAGGUCUCAAGGUGACUUUGACCCAGGGGCCAAAUUCCACAUUCCUUCAAGUGUGCCUUAUAUCAGGUACUUUGUCAGCUUUGUCAUCCAGUUCCAGUUCCACGAGGCACUGUGUCAGGCAGCUGGCCACAAGGGCCCCCUACACAAGUGUGACAUCUACCAGUCCAAGGAGGCAGGGAAGCGCCUGGCGGACGCCAUGAAGCUGGGCUUCAGUAAGCCAUGGCCCGAAGCCAUGAAGCUAAUCACGGGCCAGCCCAACAUGUCAGCCUCAGCCAUGAUGAACUACUUCAAGCCGCUGCUGGACUGGCUCCUCACUGAGAACGGGCGGCACGGGGAGAAGCUGGGAUGGCCACAGUACAACUGGACACCAAACUCUGCUCGCUCGGAAGCCUCCUUCCUGGGCACCGGCCGUGUCAACUUCCUGGGCUUGAACCUGGAGGAGCAGCAGGCCCGCGUGGGCCAGUGGAUGCUGCUCUUCCUGGGCGUCGCCCUGCUGGUGGCCACCUUGGGUCUCACCCAGCGGCUCUUCAGCAUCCGCCAGUACAGCCUCCGCCAGCCUCACCGUGGGCCCCAGUUCGGCUCCGAGGUGGAGCUGAGACGCUCCUGAGAUGACCGGGCUGGGCCAGGCCUGCUGGGAAAUGUCCACCACCGAGAGACUGGGAUGGGGGCAUGAGGUGGGCCGAGAACCCGGUGCUCCUCUCAGCUCACUCCCAGCCCUCCUGCCUCCUCCUCCUGCCCCUCCCCUCCUCCCCACUCCACCUCCAGUCCUGUGCUGCGAGUCCAUCCUCCAGACCCUGAGCCAUGGCAGCUCCUGCUCACCAGUCCCUGGGCACCAGGCCACCUACUAUGGAGCCCCCACCCAGUCUCUCUGUGAAUACAAUUAAAGGUCCUGUCCUCCCCAUCUGAGUCUGUGUCCCUCACGGAGAAGCCAGGGACAGGGACAGGAACACUCUCCCACCUCCUGGCAGUCAAGUGGGUCACUUUACUGGGCAUCUUUAUCCUCCUUCAAGAAGAGCCUGGGAAAAUGCCCCAGAGCUCUGGCCCCAGCACCACCGAGCGCCUGCUCCUGUCUUCCCUCUAGGCCAGGCAGCCCGCCAGUGUCCUGCCACGGCUGGCAACCCCUGCCCAGCCUGGGCACCAACCCAGGAGGAUUCUGGGAAGCAAAGUGGGAGUUGACCUUCUGGGCUUCCGGUCUUGCAUUUCCAUGUGCUUUGGGAGACCUGCCCCAUGCUGGCACCCUGCCCCAUCUGUUCCCAUAAAUGGCCGGGUCCCCCAAAUGGAAGGCUCCUGGCUGUCCUCUGGUUCCCUGCACAAGAGCACCUUGCAAGUGCCUGACUCACUGAGAGUGCAGAACCCACCCCAUGGUCACCUGGGCUCCUGCCUCACCAGCUCCGCGUCCACUUGUGAAAGUGGACAGAGGCACUUGAGUAUUGCCCGUGGGGCCCAGGGCCAGGUCCCUUCGCCCUAGCUGAAGAAGGGCCCUAAAUGCUGGAGCAUGACAGUAGCCAGUGCCCAUGCAGGAAUUAACUGCCAGAGGCCACCCCGCCCGUCCCUCAGCACACGCCCUCACCCUGAGUCUUCCCUCGGAAGGCCAAUAUAGGUUCGAGGGAGUAUCGUUUUGAGGGACAUUUUUAUAACUUUUAUCUACAUGUUUCUUGUAGAAAAUUUGUAAAAAACUAUAAAUAAAAUAAAAGUCCUUUAUAUCAACAAC